GUAUUCUUUCAGAUGAUGAAAAGCUACUUGUGUGUUCUUGCCUAUUUGGUCGUGUUUGUUUCGGCGAAACGCGACCGUACUCUGGUCCUACUCGACAAUCUUGCUACAAGAGAAACGCAUUCAAUCUUCUUCAAGUCUUUACAAGAGCGUGGAUUUUCCCUGACUUACAAAAUUGCUGAUGACCCUGGGCUCGUUUUGACGAAAUAUGGAGAGCCAUUGUAUGAUAAUUUGAUCAUAUUUUCUCCAACGGUGGAGGAAUUCGGUGGAGCGGUGAAUGUUGAAGCUUUGACUCAGUUCGUCGACGAUGGAGGGAACAUAUUGGUUGCAACGAAUGCCGCUGGAGGAGACAUUCUUCGGGAAUUCGCUACAGAGGUUGGAGUUGAAAUGGACGAAGAAGGAGCCGCCGUAAUCGACCAUCUGCAUUUCGACGCAAAAGAUGAAGGCUAUCAUACACUUGUUCACGCGUACCCGAAAGACCUAAUUCAAGCUCCAGUUAUCGUUGGAAAAAGUAAAGACGACUCGCCCUUCCUUUUCCGUGGGAAGGGAUUACUCGUUGAUUCUGAAAAUCCUUUGGUUCUGGAAAUUUUGACUGCAUCUUCAUCGGGUUAUUCAUAUCAUCCGGAUCGUGAAAUUUCCGAAUAUCCGCAUGCAGUUGGCGUGAAUACGGUUCUUAUCGCUGGCAUCCAAGCGCGCAACGAUGCUAGGGUGAUCAUAUCGGGAUCUCUCGACUUCUUCUCGGAUGAAUUUUUCGAAUCGAAAGUGCAGAACGGAGUCACUGGAAAACAUUGGGUGAAAUCCGGCAAUGAGAAACUCGCCAUUGCGUUGUCUCGAUGGGUAUUCAAAGAAGAAGGAGUGAUCAAAGUUGGGAAAGUUCGGCAUUAUCGUGUGGGAGAGACCUCACCACCGCGAGCUUAUACGAUAAUGGAAGAUGUCGUUUUCUCAGUCGAAAUCUUGCAAGUGGGAAGUGAUGGAAAGUGGGUCCCGUUUCGUGGAGACGACGUUCAACUCGAAUUUUUCCGAAUUGAUCCGUUUGUGCGCACUUCUCUGAAACUAGCGAACGAAAAGACCGGUCUGUACGAGGCACGAUUCAAGAUUCCAGAUGUUUACGGCGUGUUUCAAUUUAAAGUUGAUUAUAAUCGAGUUGGCUAUACGCAUUUGUACAGCUCAACUCAAGUUUCCGUCCGCCCACUUGAGCACACGCAGUACGAACGAUUUAUUCUGAGCGCUUCGCCGUACUACUUGAGUGCUUUCAGCAUGAUGUUCGGGGUUUUCUUGUUUUCAUGUGUGUUCCUUCAUCACAAAGACGUCGUGAAACAGAAAGAAGAAUGAUCAGUUAUGCACGUUAGUUUAUCGCUGUUCACGUUUUUGUUUGAUUUGGCACUGCUUUGUUGGGUGGUAAUUAAAUGAAAUGUCAAAGGA